AUGCUGUUCCGAGCCUCACCCUUGCAGGCCGAACCGGGUGCCCCCACCAACGCCGAAGUUGUUGUUGUUGAUAUCGACUACGAUGGCAUGACGACUAGCGAUACGCUCACUCUCACGCGUGCUUUAAACCUCAUGGACGAGAGAGUAAAGCACCUCACAAGCAAGGAAGGUCACUCGAAAGGAGUUGCGGAUGACGCUGAUGUCGUGGCGCAACCACGGGAUGUUACGUUGACGGAGGAUGAGCACCCAACACUCACUGUACAAGAUAAGGCUCGAAAUGCAACCCCUAGUGCUUUAGAAAAGGCAGUUGAGAGUGCAUGUCCGAAUAUUCUUCAAGACCAUCCGUGUGCUACUAUGGAGGCUGUCCUUAACCAAGUCGAGAAUCAAGAAGAAGUUGGCAUGGACACUGAGUGCGAUGAGAAGCUGAUAGGAGAUGAGCCCGAAAAGGCUGAACAGAAUCAUCACGUUGUCACCAACGACGUCGUGGUGAGGCGAUGGGACGCCCAAAUUGAGGAUAGGCCCGCCGCUUCUCCAACACCCUUGAGUCUUCGUAAAGUUUCUAACGCCUUUCAGAACACAAUGGAGUAUGGGGCCUUUAUCGGAGGCUAUUCGUACGAGUCAAUCCCCAACAGUAUGACUACGGAUGAUCUUAUCGCUAUCGGCCCAUGGGUUCAUGUUCACAAGGUGCAUACAGGCAUGGACUCAGCUAUGACCCAGGACCAUGGGGUAGAUGUAGACCCAACCCAGGGGGAUGUGCCGCCCUCGAAGGAGGAUGAGGGGGAGGUCAUGCUGCCUCCCGUCCACCCGAAUUAUGAUGAUGGCGUUAAUAUCGAUUACGAUCGUGUACCGUAUGCUGAUGCGCAAACUCUACUCCGUGUUCUCACCCUCAUGGAUGAGAAGGUGAAAUACCUCACUAAUAGAGAUGAUACGGCUAGAGUCAGUGAUGGAGGACAGGCUAUACCCUCGGGUUCGGUGCCUGCUAUGGAGGAGACGACACCGACAAUAGAGAAUGAGCUGCAAGUUGGGCCUGGGAAGAUACCCAAGGGCUUCAGUGUGAUCGCCGAAGUGAGCACUCAAGCCGAUGGGGCAAGUCGAAUACAGGCCGGAUAA